UCCAUUCACUAAAUAUCAAUAUCAAGUGAGACGUUUAAAUUUUCCUUAUGGAUAAUCUACAAAAUCUACACAAAGUUAUCAGCGGACAGCAGGUGAACUCUCUAAGAAAGGAACAAUUUUACAUCUAAUGGACAAUGUGGCCAAGAUUGAAACAUUUUCUAACUGUAUAUAAACACUGGCAGAGUCCAUCCCAGCUCUAAAAGAUGUAACUUACAUACCUACAACCAUCUUCGUUAAGCACAGGUACAGGCGGUGCUAUGGCGGCAUGACGUUAUGGAUUUUACACUACGACGUGGGUCGAGUCAGCCACUGAACCAGUUAAUGGAACCGCCACUGUGCUUCUGUUUAUAACGGAAUACCAUGUGACCAACGAAUUAUAAUUCAAUGGGAUUUACAUAGAUUUAUAUUUAUAUAUAUACAUACAAAAAAGUGGUGAAAUAUUUGUGAUUUGUUUUAUUAAAUUGUGGAGAAAUCCAAUAUAGCAGUAGACAUCGACAAGAUAUUACAUAAUUAAUUCGUCAGAGAGGAUUUUUCGUGAAUUUCAAAUGAUCUUCAUUAAGUGGAUGUGCAUGUAUAACUUUAUUUGCAACACGUGUUCCCCCACCACUCAGUUAGAUGCACGUGUGUGUGCAAGGCGCUAUCACCUGGUGUGUAUUGAGCAAUGACCACGUAUGUCACACCGUCUAUCCCCGGAGUAGACCACUUCACGACUUUGGCUUUAGUUCUCUUGUGUCUGCUUACCCACUUGCCCAUCGGAAUCAGCAUGUCGUAUUCGAACUAUGGACACCCGGACGCCGGUGAAGCCCUAAAGAAUGAGCGCUUUGACUGGGAACCUGCACUUAAGGGAUCCGUUUUCAUCGCAAUUAACGAUGUUAUGCUUUUGCAAAUAACAGCCGACGGGGCCAUCAAUGGGACUAAGUGUCGAUCUUCUAGAUAUGCAAUGCUGAAGACAACAGCACACCAUAUCAAAGAGUUAAAGAAUAAGAAAGUGAUCGUCGUACAGGGCACGGAGACAAAGCGAUAUCUUUGUAUGAAUGGGUCUGGACAACUGUAUGCGUCAGAACCGGGAACCAUGGAUGAAAUGGAAUGCAGCUUCAGCUUCAAUGAACAGUGGAUCCAGAGCAAUGAUUCGAGCUUUAACAAAACAGUGUUCCGUCUCUCACGGUUACGGCACCAUAAGAACCCUUAUUACGUAGGACUAAGUUGUGAUGGUAAGCCUAUAGUGGCUAAAGACUGCAAACAUCGACGACAACUACGGAAAUACCUGUUAUUCAAUAUGGGGAACUUUAAACCAGAGGAAAAUUCCGGUAGUUGUGACGGAAUAUCGCCACCAAAGUGCAAACGGACGUAUUUGAAAUUCUGUAGGAAAGUGGUGCGAAACUAUUUUAAGACGUCCUUGAAAGGACUGAAUCAAUUUAGAAAGAGACAUUGUUUUAAACGUUUACGACGAGAGAAAGAUCGCAAUAGAAAAAUAGCUGAUAGGUGUAACCUCGGGUCAAGUCGAAAACGAGGGCGGUCGCGGAGAAGACAUAGGCGCCAUCCCACAUGAAAUCUGCUCUUGGAAUUCCUUGGAUCAAGCCUACUGGUCAGUUCUCAACGUGGACUGACCAUUCAUAAAAGGUGCUACUUCCGGCGGCGUUAAGAACGCCCAACACAAAACUUCUCGAUAACAGAUGUGGCCGUUCUUCUAAUGACAUCACGUUCGGGCUAAACAUCGUUCAAUCGAGAGUUAGAAGUAAGCGAAGAAAAUACUUGGUAUUUUCAUGCAGUCGUAAUUGGAUAUGUUUACACUGAGACUUCUAUGGCGACACUUCUUCCUGUCCAAUUAAUGUGCUCAUAUACUGUGUACGUCAUAAACAAUAUGCGGUGACGUCAUCAUUUCAAUGUCGCAAUCUGUCUCGUUCUCCCCCAAACACUUGUGGUGAUCAGUUGGUGUUUAUUUAUAGUUAUUUAUUUGUAAUUUAUUCGAUUUUAUCAGGUAUGAACCAAACACAACAUAUAAGCACGAAAUGUUGAUCGACACAUUUCCUACACAAUGUUGUAAUCUGUGAUUAAAUUCUUGUCUAAAACGAUUAACUUUACUGAAGAAUCGAUGAGGAAUGUUGGUCAUAGAACACGUCACUUCCGGUGCCAUAGUGUUCAAAAACAUUUUUAAUUUCGAUGAGCAUUUUAGAAUUAAAAUGUAAAUUACAACUGUAGCAUUCCGAAAAUGCCAGAAGUAAAGCACUCUAUGCUUUAUUUUAUACUUAUAAUUAAAAACGUACACACAGGAAACAAUGAAGCAUAGUAUAACCUUUGGCACUGGAAAGCACUAUUGCAUAGAUCAGCACUUCGCCAUUGGCUAAGUUCUAAAGAAAUUCCAGUUCAAGAAGCACCUGUGAUGAUGCAUGUCAUGAAUGACGUCAUAGUCUACGUCAUGACGUAGUUAUGACGUAAAAAGCUACAUAAUUUCACGAUACUCAUUAUUUUGAACAGAAGACAAUAAUUAUUUUAUAAUAAAUGUUCACUCGUAGGCUUUUGUCAAACAUUGUUACUAUUAUAGUGUUGGUCGUUUUAAAUCAUCGCAUUUGUUUUCAUCACAUAAAACAUUUCCUCAUUCAUUUGAUACCAAUUUGUUUUUCUCGGACGAAUGCCCAUCUCAUUGCCAGCCUGUUACAAAUGUACAUAAUUGAACAGUUAUGAUCUGAUAAAUUUGUCACUAUUUCGUGAACAUGUGUUCAAUAUUGAUUGAACAUUUAAUUUCCAUUAUGAAAUAUUUUAUUCAAAUGCGGAGUUGUCGCACGUGAAUCUUAUGGUCCCUUACAUUCAGUAAACUUGAUUGAUUUCGUCUACUAUGUGAAAUCACACGAUUCCUCUUCUCUAUUGGUGCUAUGUUGAUAUUUUCUGUUUAUAUUUUCCUUUCAAUUUCGAGUUAGAAGUACUUUAAUGUAUUUCAGAAAACCAUGUGCAUACUUUUUAAACAAUGAUCGAAUAUAAGGAAGUUUACACUGUCUGAUAUACACUUUUUUGCUACAAACAUAUAUAUAUGAUUAAAACGAGUCUGGCCUAACGCCAGCAAAUUACACGUUGAUUCAAAUAUCGACUUCCGGUUUCGGUUCGGAUAGAAUUAUAUACGUCAUAUCCUGUUGUUAAAAGUUCCGUCUAGAAAGCAUAAUCUAUUUUUGUUCGUAAUAGUUUAACAAAUGUUUCAUAUCUUGUCUGGAUCUAACAAAUUUCUGUAGACUUUGAAACACAAUUUUGUUUCUUAAAAAUAAAUCGUCGUUUCGUCAUUGCCCGGUCAAUGUUUUUUUGGUUUCUUUAUAUACAAUACGCGUGAUCUUGAUUAUAGCUUUAUAACUGUUUUAUCUACAACGCCAAAACUAAUCCACAGUUUUGGAAGAAGUGUCUCAAUUGUCGUCACUUCCUGUCAUGCGCGCCAACCGUCUGUUACAUUCAGUGGUAUCCUCUGUUUUAUUUUUGUUGACUGAAAUUCUCCUACAUAUUUUUCUGUUGAUUCUUUCUCUGACUUUGUCAAAAAUUGUGGACCAAUUACAGUUGUGUGAAUUUAAAAAUGGCGGCAAGGUUGUCAUUUGUAUGUAUUACCGAAUAAUUAAACUCUGACUGAAUAGAGAAUUUUUCCAGUUUCAAGUGUAUGUUGAUUGUGACGCUAGGAGGUGUAUUCUCUAAAAUAUUAAAUGUUAUAAUUCAUCGACUGUUCAGCCCUGUCUAUGUCGACAUUAGUGACGUCAGAAGGACGGAAUACUCAGGUGAAUGGUGAUACCUGUUUAAUACAGUUAAAUUUGGAGUCGAAUAAGACAGGGUUUUCUUUUUUUGAUAAUUGUUGGUAAACUGUUCCAAGUUGAUAGCAAUUUUAUCAGUCCUGUAUUAUACUUUAUUUGAUAUUUUAGGCAAUACACAUUAUUUGAUGACGUCAUGGUCGAAUUAUAUGGUGCAAUAUAAUACAUUCGUACAUUGUACAAAUGUCUAAUUCAAAAUGCAAUUAUUCUCGGAGGAAAAAAGGACCUGUAUCAUAUCUAGAAUAUGGUUUGAGAUUUUUUGGCGAGUAACUUGUCUAUUUUGUCCAUACAUCCAUUGUAUAAAGAUAAAUGUAAAUGUCGAACUCUGUACAUUGUAAAUAAGCUCUGGUGCCAAACAAAACUAGGUCAGUGUGACCUAAUUUAUUAGCGUUGUAUUACAAUGUAUAAUCAAGGAUACGUUUAACACACUAGGUCGCAGUGACCUAUUUUCUGGGCGUAAUUGCGUCAAUGUGUGUCAAUCAUACAUGAAUCCUUCAAAUAAAUCAAACAAAUCUUAACCUAAUUGAUUUAGUUUCUUUUGUCUUUUAUUUGGGUUCUGAUAAGUGAAGCUUUUUUUACAAAAGACUAGAUUCGUCAAAAUUUUAAUCUCAUUCAAGAGUUUAACAAGUAUUGAUGUUUCGAGGAAAAAAAAGACAUUUCCAGCUUCUAUAUAUAUAUACAAGGCAAUAAAAGUCUCGAAUAGACAAACAAUCGAAAACAAUAUUUAAAACUCACAAUUUAUCUUUGCAAACAUUUGCAUCGAAAAAGGACAUAUCUUAUUCCACAAUCAAUUUAAAAUCUGAUUUUGCUAUAUUUCAGAAACCGUACUUUAUAUAUUGACGGCUUUCCUUGGCACCGCUAUACAAAAUGCGUUCAAAAUCUUACGACGAAAAGACUCUUAAUUCGGAAGUUUUGAUCUAAAACAUAAUAAUUGAGCAAAUGAAAGGUAUCUUCGUCAUUAAAAACUGGCCAAUCGUAUCCAAAAAUGUAUACCUUGUACGGACAAAACUGACAAAUGAAGCCAAGAUGGGAAGAAAUGUGUCAGUGUUUGUGAGAAUAAGGUGAGACGAGUUGUGAUCAUGAGAUGAGAAAAUUAAAUGAGUGGUUUAGAGGGAGAGAAUUGGGGGCGUUAUUUCAAUGUGCUUGAAGGAAAGAUCUGUUUUCAGAAUGAAAGCAACCAUAUUUGCGCCAGUUUUAAUCUUUUGGUAAUCAAUCAAAAUGUAUUUGUCAUUUUUCACCAGUAGAUAUUGGUAAUUUUUUGCAAUAUAACAAAUGUCAUGACAUUUAAAUAUGGUGAUAUUUUUAGUAGGAUAUAUAUACAUACAUAAUUUUGAAUUAUUUCAAGAAUAUCAUGUUCUUGAUUUCAAAUGUAUUUGAUGAGUGCACUUGUUUUUAGUAAAGGCCACAUUGGAGGGUCUGCGCGUAACAGCACGUGCGUGGGUAUUUUUUCAAUGAGAGCGCAUUUUCAAUACUGGCAGAAUUUCUCUAACUAAUACGUUAAAAAUCUGUGUAAAAAUAAUUUCGGUGUUUAGUUCAGAAUGAAUUUUGUAAUAGUCCAAAAGAAACAAAAGUUUUUCGUUUGAUGUGAUAAAUUUGUCCGAAUUCGGCAUCAUUCUUUCAAAAAGUUCUUUUUAAAAAAAUAAACGUAAUUUUCUGUUAAUUUUGAAUUUCAACUGCCUGCCGUAUAUAAAUGCAAUGUUGAUACCUCCAUAGUCUUCACGAACAGUGUUUUAAGAACUAAUCUUAGUACAAUGAUUCCAUUUCUAGCAUAAUAGAUUGUAAGUACUACAAUAUAAACAUUUUUAAAAGAUAUUAUCAGUAAUUUUAACAAUUUGUAAUUUACCAUAUCAUUAUUGUGAUUUGAAACGAGUAUUUGUCACUGAUUCUAUAGAUCGUGAGGUCACUCAUGAUGAGCCAAGCCACUGUUUAAACGUAAUUCGGAUGUUUUGUUGGAAAACAAAUGUCAGAUUUCCCCUCCCCCGUAAAUUUUAAAAAAGUCUUUCAACGUUGAGUCUGGAAUAAGGUUAAACCUAUAGACAGUAUUAGUUUUACCCGCCAUAUUUCUGGUAAAAGCGGACAGAGUUUUUGACCAUUGGUCAGUUAAAUAUAUGACACGGUUGUGUCAUUUGUCUGUUAUUUCAGUUGUGUAAUCCGAUACAUUUAACGACUUUAGCACUUGUAACGGACUUAAUUGUUUUCUCCAAACAAAAUCUGGAGCUUUGAUGUCAAAUUUGAGAAGAAUAUUAUGUGUUAUGCUGAAGGUCGUAAACGUGUAUCUCAGCACUCCUGUAUUUGUUUGUCUACAUACAAUUUGACAGUUAUACAAUUGUCAGAAAAAUUAAAAUGACAAAAUAUUUUAAAA